AUGGAAGAGUUCGAGAUAUUAGAUUUUAAUGAACUUCAGAAGGAAGAGAAGGGAAUAGACAAGGCAGCAAAAUUUUUGUAGAAGAAGAUAUAGAAUGGGUUUAAAAUCAGUAUAGUGAUUAAAAAAUAACAUAAUUUUGCAUUGCCUCCUUUGCAAUAAAAGAAAAAUGAUUUAUUCUCUAAGCAACACCAACCUAUGGACAUAAUUAGUUAAAGUUCUGAGCAAACCGAGAACAUUGAUAAAUAAGGUUCUUCAACAUCUUCGCAUUCUAGUAUCAAAAUGAAUAAAAAAUUAACUGUUCCACCAACUUAACAUGAAACACCCCAAUAAGAUUAAGAUGAACAGAAAAGUGAAAAAUCUGAAGAUGACUAGAUUUCCUUCUAUUAGAACAAAAAUAACAGUUUUGAACAUUGUCUCAAGGAUAAUUUAUUAACUCAAAAGAUACAAACAGGAUUGUUAUUCAUGAGAGAUGGUAAUUCUAAAUUAGCUCUGGAGAAGAUGAUGGAUGUGUAUAAAGAAGGAAAUGAGUAAUUAAAAUAAUGUUCGGAUUAAUAAUAAAUCUCAGUAUUAAUAAUAAUUUGCAUUUAAUCUCUUUGCUAUGCAUCCCAAGUAUUUAGGGAGUUGGGAUAAUUUAGUGAGGCAUAAAAAUGUUUGGAUAAAUGUUUAAACUAAUUUGAGAUUAAUGACUUUGAUUUAUUAUGCUAAAUAUAUAUCGCAAAGGCACAAUGUUGUUUGUUCAAUAAUUAAUACUUAUAAUCCCUAGAUUAUUACACCAAAGCAUUAAUUCAAUAUGAAUAAGUUAAUUGGAAGUUGGAAAUAGCAAAGUUAUUAGUUAAAAUCUCUUUUGUGUAUGCUUUGUUAAAUGAUUUUGCUGAUGCAAAAAAGAUUUGUUAUGAAGGAUUGUCCAUUUUACAGGGGAAACUCUCAAAUUCUGAUCCAAACAUAUAUGAAACAUACUAUACUCUGGGAUGUAUCUAUUAUCUUGAGAAGGAAUACGACUUCGCCUUGGAAUAUUUAGAUUAAUCGAAAGAAGGACUUAUUAAAUUAUAUGGCGAAAAACAUAUAAGCAUCAUAAAGAUUCUCAAUUUACAGGGUGUGAUCAACCAUUUGUAAGGAAACAGUAGUAAUGCCAUGGAACUCUAUGAAUAAAUUGUUUGUUUAUAUGGCGACUCCUAAAAUGUUGGAUUAGCAUUAGUAUUGAACAAUCUAGCCUUGGCAUAUUUGGAUAGAAUGAAAUUUAAAAGUGCGAAGUUGUCAUUUGAAAAGGCAACAGCUAUUUUGAAAUUAUAUCUCAAUGAAUAGCAUCCUACUUUUUAAAGAAUCGAGAAGAACAAGAAACUCGUCGUUGCGGCUACUUUAUCUUAUAUAUGA